CCUCUACACCAGAACGGAAUGCUUGCCUGCUGACAUCCAUCGACGCUGGAAGCGUCGACUUCAUUAGAAGCCUUCACACAUUUUUGACCGCACUAGCGCAACCGGCUCGGUUGAUACCAGCCCCCAAGGAACACCUGCUCGAUGGCCGCCCCACAAACUGAUUUUGAAGAAGUCAUUCCAGGUACGCGACGCCUUUAUGAUGAGAAUGGCAACAAUCUACCUGGAGAUGCUUCGCUCUUGAAACAUGGCGAUAUCGUCCUUGUGCCGCAACCUUCGGAGUCCCCAAAUGAUCCUUUGCGAUGGUCCAAACCAAGGAAAAUCUGGCAUUCCAUCCUGGUCCUGUACAUAGUCGGUUUAACAGCUGCAACGUCUAACAAUGCUGGAUCUGGAUCAGAUGGAGUCAACGAGGAGUAUGGCAUCAGCUACGAUGUCUUCAAUACCGGUGCCGGUGUUCUCUUCAUUGCCAUCGGAUACUGGACUUUACUGAGUUCCCCACUGGUCCACUUGUACGGACGCCGUCUUGGAUACCUUAUCUCUAUGCUGGUCAAUAUUGGUGGUCUUAUCUGGUAUGGCCGCAUCACCAACGUUGCCGGUGUUGUCUGGAGUCAGCUGUUUGUUGGUGCAGCAGAGUCGGUUGGCGAAGCCACCGUUCAACUCUCGCUCCUUGACAUAUGGUUUGAGCACCAGACGGGUAGUGUCUUGGGCAUCUACACCUUUGCUACCGCCAUCGGUACAUACUUAGGACCGCUAAUUGGAGCACAUUUGGCCAAUGGUCUUGGCUGGCGAUGGAUCGGCUACGCGGGCGCCAUCAUCUGCGGUGUCAGUCUCGUUGCCAUCUUCUUCGGUCUUGAAGAGACGGAGUUUAACCGCGAUCGCUACCUGACUGGUAAUGGGGACCGAUAUCUGGUGGAUGCUGCCUAUCCGGUGCCGGAAAAGACCAUGGAACACGCUCCAGUUGGGAUCUUACCUGAUGUUGAAGACAGUGCUUCUGUGGACCGCAAUAUCGACAACAAUGAGGGACCCGAGAAAGCUGUACAACCCGUAGAGAAGCACAACAGCAAGGAGGACUCGUUCAACAAUGUCGAGGACGGGUACCCCUCAGAGACUGCUCGCAGACGGAUGUCCUUAUCAUACAGCCGUCGCAAGACCUACUGGGACCGCAUUAAGAUCAUCACACCGGCUCCCAAUCUCCGUGGCACCGGCACAAAGCAGUACAUCCAUCGCCUGUGGCACACCUUGCGUGUCUUCACCUUCCCGGCCGUCUGGUACGCCGGUCUUCAAUGGGGCCUCCAGAACAUCUGCCUCACCUUCUACCUGACCGUGCAAGAGGACUGGUGGUACAACGAGCCCUGGAAUUACACCCAAACCGAAGUCGGCAACAUGAAUUUGCCAACGCUGAUUGGCAGUCUGAUUGGGUGUGCGUACGGCGGUUACGGCAGUGACAAGUUCAUGCAGUGGAUGAUCAAGCGCAACAAGGGCGUCAUGGAAGCUGAGUUUCGUCUGCAUCUUAUGGCGCUUUGCACGCUGGUCUUUCCGACUGGUAUGUGGCUGUUCGGUAUCGGGUCUGCGCGGGGUUGGGACUGGCCUGUACCGUACGUGGGCUUAGGGUUUAUCGGCUUUGGAUAUGGUUGCGCUGGCGAUUUGAGCCUGUCCUACCUUGCAGACUCUUUUCCUGACAUGGUUCUCGAGGGCAUGGUGGGUGUUGCUGUUAUCAACAAUACCAUAGCCAUGCUGUUCACCUUUGUUGCGAGUUACUGGAUUGACUCUGGGAUGGAGAACUGCUUUAUUGUCCUUGGUGUGCUCAGCUUCGUGAUCAUGGCGUCCAGUUGGCCCAUGAUUGUAUACGGCAAGCGCACUCGUCGCUGGGCGAGGGAAAGGUACUUGAAAUUCGUUGAGAUCCGUGACGGAUUCUCAAAGUAGGUUCUCGUAUAGUGACGUACAGUUGCAAGACGAAGGCAUGUAGCAAUGUUUAUGACUAUUGCUUGAAAUUAAAGGAGGUGUGGAAAGGGAGAUGGCGGGUUUUGCAGCCACAAACUGCUGGGCGGAAAAAGUCGAAAGUGGAAACUUGCAAGAAAGAAUCGGGCAACGCAAUUGACGAGACUGUUGUGCAUCAUGAAGUGGAGUUGUAUAUAUCCUAUACGCGGCUGCCACGCGUUUUGUUAUCAACAGAUAUGCAUACCCUCAGGAAGCUU